AGUGCUUUUCUGCUUGGCAUCCGCAGUGACGGCAAUGGAAGAAACCUUAAUGGAUACCCGCACAGCUACCGCCGAACUCGGCUGGACGGCCAACCCUGCAUCGGGGUGGGAAGAAGUCAGCGGCUAUGAUGAGAAUCUGAACACCAUCCGCACCUACCAGGUGUGCAACGUCUUCGAGCCCAACCAGAACAACUGGCUUCUCACCACGUUCAUCAACCGGAGAGGGGCCCACCGCAUCUAUACAGAGAUGCGCUUUACCGUGCGAGACUGUAGCAGCCUCCCCAACGUUCCUGGCUCCUGCAAGGAGACCUUCAACCUCUACUACUACGAGACAGACUCCGUCAUCGCCACCAAGAAGUCGGCCUUCUGGACGGAGGCCCCCUACCUCAAAGUGGACACCAUCGCGGCCGACGAGAGCUUCUCCCAGGUGGAUUUCGGGGGGAGGCUAAUGAAGGUCAACACGGAAGUGAGGAGCUUUGGACCGCUUACCCGGAAUGGCUUUUACCUGGCUUUUCAGGACUACGGGGCCUGUAUGUCCCUCCUCUCGGUUCGAGUCUUCUUCAAGAAGUGCCCCAGCAUCGUACAGAACUUCGCCGUCUUCCCCGAGACCAUGACCGGGGCAGAGAGCACGUCUCUCGUGAUAGCCCGGGGCACUUGCAUCCCCAACGCAGAGGAGGUGGACGUGCCCAUUAAGCUGUACUGCAACGGCGAUGGGGAGUGGAUGGUCCCCAUUGGGCGCUGUUCUUGCAAGGCUGGCUACGAACCCGAAAACAGCAUGGCCUGCAAAGCUUGCCCAGCGGGAAUGUUCAGGGCGAAUCAGGAAGUGGGGGUCUGCUCCCAGUGCCCCUCCAACAGCCGCUCUCCGGCGGAAGCCUCUCCCAUCUGUAUCUGCCGCACUGGGUAUUACCGGGCAGACUUGGACCCACCCGAAGUGGCCUGCACCAGUGUCCCCUCAGGCCCCCGGAAUGUGAUCUCCAUCGUCAACGAGACAUCCAUCAUUCUGGAAUGGCACCCCCCCAGGGAGACGGGCGGGCGCGACGAUGUCACCUACAACAUCGUCUGCAAGAAAUGCCGCGCGGACCGCCGGGGUUGCUCCCGCUGUGACGACAAUGUGGAGUUUGUGCCGAGGCAGCUGGGUCUGACCGAGACGCGGGUGUUCAUCAGCAGCCUGUGGGCCCACACGCCCUACACCUUUGACAUCCAGGCAAUCAACGGGGUGUCCGGAAAAAGCCCUUUCCCUCCGCAGCAUGUCUCGGUCAACAUCACCACCAACCAAGCUGCUCCCUCCAUAGUUCCAAUCAUGCACCAGGUAAGUGCCACCAUGAGGAGCAUCACCCUGUCCUGGCCGCAGCCGGAGCAGCCCAACGGCAUUAUCCUGGACUAUGAGAUCCGUUACUACGAGAAGGUGAGCCGGAUCUGCACCCCUGACGUUAGCAGCACUGUGGGCUCAAGACCAACUGCCGAGCACAACGAGUACAACUCUUCCAUGGCCAAGAGUCAGACCAACACGGCAAGGAUUGAGGGGCUGAGGCCCGGCAUGGUGUAUGUGGUCCAAGUGCGAGCCAGGACCGUGGCUGGUUAUGGCCAGUACAGUGGGAAGAUGUGCUUCCAGACCCUGACCGAUGAUGACUACAAGUCGGAGCUGCGGGAGCAGUUGCCAUUAAUUGCUGGAUCCGCAGCUGCCGGAGUGGUGUUUAUCGUCUCGUUGGUGGCCAUUUCCAUCGUCUGUAGCAGGAAACGUGCUUACAGCAAAGAGGCCGUGUACAGUGAUAAACUUCAACACUACAGCACUGGCCGAGGCUCCCCAGGAAUGAAGAUCUACAUCGAUCCCUUCACUUAUGAAGACCCAAAUGAAGCCGUCCGGGAGUUUGCCAAGGAGAUCGAUGUGUCUUUUGUGAAAAUUGAAGAAGUCAUUGGCGCAGGGGAGUUUGGGGAAGUCUACAAGGGGCGCCUGAAACUACCUGGCAAGAGAGAGAUCUACGUAGCGAUCAAGACGCUCAAGGCUGGCUACUCGGAGAAGCAGCGGCGGGAUUUUCUGAGUGAGGCCAGCAUCAUGGGGCAGUUCGACCACCCAAAUAUCAUCCGCCUGGAAGGUGUGGUCACCAAAAGCAGGCCGGUCAUGAUCAUCACAGAAUUCAUGGAGAAUGGAGCGCUGGACUCCUUCCUCAGGCAAAACGACGGGCAGUUCACCGUGAUCCAACUGGUGGGCAUGCUGAGGGGGAUAGCGGCUGGCAUGAAGUAUCUGGCAGAAAUGAACUACGUCCACCGGGACCUGGCUGCCAGGAACAUCCUGGUCAAUAGCAACCUGGUGUGCAAAGUGUCUGACUUUGGCCUUUCCCGCUACCUGCAGGAUGACACUUCGGACCCCACCUACACCAGCUCCUUGGGUGGGAAAAUCCCAGUGCGAUGGACAGCCCCAGAGGCCAUAGCUUACCGCAAGUUCACCUCGGCCAGUGAUGUCUGGAGCUACGGAAUCGUCAUGUGGGAAGUUAUGUCGUUCGGAGAGCGACCCUACUGGGAUAUGUCCAACCAAGAUGUGAUCAAUGCCAUUGAACAGGACUAUCGGCUUCCGCCUCCCAUGGACUGCCCAGCUGCCCUGCACCAGCUCAUGUUAGACUGCUGGCAGAAGGACCGCAACACUCGACCACGAUUCACAGAGAUCGUCAACACCUUGGAUAAGAUGAUCAGGAAUCCAGCAAGUCUCAAGACUGUGGCGACCAUCACCGCCGUGCCUUCCCAGCCACUGUUAGAUCGCUCCAUCCCAGAUUUCACUGCUUUUACCUCAGUGGAUGAUUGGCUCAAUGCCAUUAAAAUGGUCCAGUACAGGGACAGUUUCCUGACUGCUGGGUUCACCUCUCUCCAGCUGGUUACUCAGAUGACAUCAGAAGACCUCCUGAGAAUAGGGGUGACUUUAGCAGGACAUCAGAAAAAGAUCCUGAAAAGCGUGCAGUCCAUGAGGGUACAAAUGAGUCAAUCUUCCACCUCAAUGGCAUGAGUGUUCCUCUUUCCUGAUGAUUGGGCACAGGUUGGUGAAGGUGGGCAAGGGUCGGAGGGGGAAAAGGAGGUGGACGAGGCAGUGGAAAACUCUGAAGAGGUCCGAGUGUAAUAGCCCCUGCCGACGAAGAUUAAACCGGACGUGUUUCUGCCAGGCAACUUCCGUUUCUCACUGACAGAAGCACUUUCCUGAUGCCAUGGGAAACCAAAUAUAGAACUAUAAAUAUGUAAAAAGCCUAUAUGUAAAAGGAAACGAAGACAAACCAGUGUGUGUCGGGGGAACGAAAAUAAACUCAAAUCCCGCCAUCGGUGAGCCGGAGUCAAACAGGAUAAGAAGAAAGGGGGAAAGAAG